ACAGAGCGAGGCGACUUCCUGGCGUUGGACCUGGGGGGGACCAACUUCCGCGUGCUGGUGGUGCAUGUGGGCCAGGACAGCAUCUGCAUGGCUAGCGAGAUCUACAUCAUCCCGACCACCAUCAUGCAGGGCACUGGCGAGGAGCUUUUCGACCACAUCAUCGACUGCAUCAUAGACUUCCAGCUGAAGCAGGAGCUGAUGGAGGAGGUCCUGCCACUCGGCUUCACCUUCUCCUUCCCCUGCCAGCAGCUGGGCCUGGAUAAGGCAGUGCUGCUGGCCUGGACCAAAGGCUUCAGCGCCUCGGGCUGCGUGGGGCAGGACGUGGUCCAGCUGCUGCGGCAGGCUGCCCAGCGCAAACAGCACUUUGGGCUGAAGGUGGUGGCUGUGGUCAAUGACACAGUGGGAACCAUGAUGUCCUGUGGCUAUGAAGACCCCAAAUGUGAAAUCGGCCUCAUCGUGGGGACAGGGACCAAUGCCUGCUACAUGGAGGAGACGAAGAAUGUGGGCACCGUGGAGGGGGAGCAGGGACGCAUGUGCAUCAACAUGGAGUGGGGGGCCUUCGGGGACAACGGCUGCCUGGACGACAUCUUCACCAGCUUUGACGUGCUGGUGGAUGAGAAAACA